AUGAGUUUCUCGUUCUUUGUUUUUCCUAACACUUUUAUCGACUAUUCUUGAUUCCGGCAAGUUACCAUUCCACCCUAGCAAUUGCAAGUAGUUCUACCCGUCUGUUAAACGAUUUAACUGACAGUGCAUGACUGCUGGCCAGAACGGGAACACGUAAUUCGUUAUCUCAGCCCAUGGAAUAAAAGGACGCUUGCGGGGAUACGGGAUACUUGCUCGGAACGGUCACGGGACUUAUUUCUUGAGGGAACGGGUUAUUUUGCACCUUUCACACUCUACCUCUAAAAAGCAGUUUAUGUUUGCGGUACAGAGUCCGCUGAAAAACCGGCUGCUCGCUGUGAGUCGGGCCCCGGCCGUCAGAUACGGUCCUAUCUCCCGGUUGUAGUCCAUCCGGCCGUCCCGCCUGCCACCAGUGAGCGUCCCAGCGCGGCGGCGGACGGUCGUCCCGGUCCCGGUCCGCGCCCCUCCGUCCGUCCUCUGCCCGGUGACCGGUCAUGGCCCGUCUGUGGACGCUGCUGGCGCUGCUGGGCGCCGCCGUCUCGGCGCCGCUCGAGUGCCCGCUGCCGGACGGUCCCGACUCGGCCGACGAGGCCACCUGCGGGCUCUACUCGGCCUGUGUGUGGGAGCAGGGCGGCUGCCGGCUGGCCGACCGGGUCGGCUACCAGCUGCUGGAGUCGCCGCACGUCAUCCACACGGGCUACGAGCUGCUGCUGGGUCGCCGGGACGGCGAGGUCACCAUGUUCGGAGACGACGUCGAGCGGCUGACGGUCACCGCCGUCGAGUACGACGACAACAGGAUGGCCCUGACGUACCGGGACACGGACGCGGCCCGGUACGAGGUGCCCGUCGAGCUGGACGUGCCGCCGCUGCCCACUCCGCCGCCGUCCGAUCCGCAGUACGCCAUCACACUGACGGGCACCGAGGCCGGCCAGACGUUCGGCGUCCAGGUGACGCACCGCCAGCGGCCCGUGAUCACCUCGCGGCCCGAGCUCAUCUACGGAGACCAGUUCAUCGAGGCCACCUUCCUGCUGGGCGCCGCCGACCUGUACGGCUUCGGCGAGAACAACCACGACAGCUUCCGACACGACCUCGAGGCGGGCGUCACAUGGCCCAUCUUCGCCCACGACCAUGGACCUGGAUUUGAUGUCGAGAAUCUGUACGGGGUUCAUCCCUUCUUCCUGGGAAUCGAGGACGACUCCGGAAGCAGUUUCGGCGUGCUGAUCCUCAACAGCAACGCGAUGGAGUACCGUCUGUUCCUGCUGGAAGGCGUUCCCGCCCUGACGUACCGCACCACGGGUGGCAUCCUGGAUCUGUACCUGUUCUUUGGCGACUCGCCGCUUGAAGUGCUGCAGCAGUACCACCGCACUAUUGGGCUCCCCGUGAUGCCACCCUACUGGGGCCUCGGCUUCCAGCUUUGCCGCUGGGGCUACAAGAGCGUCCAGGACAUCAGGGACGUUCGCGAGCGGAUGAAGGCCGCAGAGAUUCCUCAGGACGUCCAGUACUCCGACAUCGAUUACAUGGACGGCAAGCGAGACUUCACCAUCGACCCUAACAACUUCGCCGACCUGCCAACGUUCAUCCAAGAGCUCCGCGAGGAGGGCGUUCGCUUCGUGUUGAUCUACGACCCGGCGAUCGCCGCCGACUUCGGCACCUACCCCACUGCGGACCGUGGCGUCGAGCAGGACGUCUUCGUCAAGUGGCCCAACGCGUCGUUCAUUCCUGAGAACCAGUGUACUGGCUGCGGACAGUAUGUCGCUGGCAAAGUGUGGCCGGAUGGACCGACGCUCUACCCCAACUUCUUCGCCAACCGAACGGUGCAGUGGUGGACGGACGAGAUACGGCGGUUCCGCGCCGCGGCCGGCGAGCCGGAUGGUUUCUGGAUCGACAUGAACGAGCCCUCGUCGUUCGACACCAACAUCGGCCGGGUGAGCCACAACUCUCUGCGGGGCGCUCUCCAGUGUCCGCACACGGCGCUCGACUACCCGCCGUACACCACCCGCUUCGUCCGGUCCGGUUUCAACCCGAGCGGCUCCAUGGCUGACCACACCAUAUGCAUGGCGAGCGUGCACGCGGCCGACCUGGACGGCGCCGCCACCUCGUACUACCAUUACGACGUGCACAGCCUGUACGGCUGGAGCGAGAGCCGCGCCACGCGCGCCGCCGUGCGCGCCACCAUGGCCGGUCGGCGCAGUCUGAUCGUCAGUCGGAGCACGUUUGUCGGCGCGGGCCGCUGGGCCACCCACUGGACAGGCGACAACACCGCCAGAUGGAGCGACAUGAAACGGUCCGUCGUCGGUAUCCUUGAGUUCAGCAUGUUCGGCUUCCCUCACGUCGGCGCAGAUAUCUGUGGCUUCGGAGGCGAAACCAACGAGAACCUCUGUCUUCGUUGGACGCAGCUUGGAGCGUUCUACCCCUUCAGUCGUAACCAUAACACGAUCGGAGCGGCCGCCCAGGACCCGGCCAUGUGGCCGUCGGUGGCUGCGGCGGCGCGCGACGCGCUCGGCCUCCGCUACCGGCUGCUGCCCUACCUGUACACGCUCUUCUGGCGCGCCUCAGAGAUGGGCGAGACGGUGGCGCGGCCGCUGGCCUUCCAGUUCCCCUCGGACCCUGCCCUGCGCGGCGUCGACACCCAGUUCCUGUGGGGCGACGCCGUCAUGGUGGCGCCCAUCCUGGACGAGGCCAGCAUGACGUCCGUCCACGUCACGUUCCCGGCCGGCCAGUGGUGGGACCUGCGCUCGGGCGCGCUGGCCUACGACGCCGACCACUCGGGCGGCGUGCUCUACCAGGUGGCGCUGGACGAGAUGAUCCCCGUGUUCGGCCGAGGCGGCGCCGCCGUGCCCACGCAGCGCAACGCCACCACGACGGCGGCCAGCCGCGCCAACCCGUUCUCGCUGGCGGUGUUCGGCGCCCAGGCGACCGGCAUGCUCUUCUGGGACGACGGAGAGACCACGGACACGUUCAAAGACGGCAGCUUCUACCACUGCCUCUUCCACUUCGGCGACAACACGCUCGACAUCCAGGUGACCUACAACGACACGCAGUGGAUGCCGGACCCGACGCUGUCCGAGAUCUCCUUCUACGGAGUGCCAUCGGAGCCGUCAUCGGUCAGCGCCGACGGAGUUCCGCUGCCGGCCGACGGCGUGGUGUACGAGCCGGCCACGGGAGUGCUGACGGUGCACACCCAGCUGGGCAUGGAGGCAGACCACCGGGUCGUGCUGAAUUAUUAACGGUCCUGACCACCUCGGCGUCAGCCUUCAGACAUAGAAUCAGCGUGAACAGCUGUGAAGCGACUGGUUUGCUUAUGAUGUGGGUGUGAGGCAUUAACCCGCGCCCUGCUGGGGGGGGGUGUUUGAACACCCCCCCUUGUGGUUUUUCGCGAAUAUCUCAAAAACGGCGGCGCGGAGCGCCGCCGUUUUUGGUACACCUUAUCAUACAUCAAUUCUACACAUGUUGUGAAAAUUUCAGACCAAGGUCAUUCAAGGUCAGGUCACCAGGUCACUUGAAGUGACCUCACCUCAUAAAAAGUUUCAAUGUCUGUCAUAGCUACACCGAGUGACCGAUCGCUUUGAAACUUUCAGCGAUUGCUAAGAGCAAUAGCAUGUACAAAAUGUAUAUCUCAGAAUUUUGAUAUCGAUGACCUAAGGUCAGGUCAACUUUGCGACCUCCCCAUUAUAAGUCAAUGGGAGAAAAUUGAAAUGCGCCUCUUUUGGACGAAAGACAUUAUAAACACUCCCAAACACUGAAUUACAAGUGGUCUAGACACGCUGAACAUGAAAAUGGUGUCCGUGACCCCUGUUUAUGCCCUGAGGUCAUCUUAGGUCACGAAUGGUAUCUAACAGUUUUUCGCAAAUAACUUUUGAUAGAGGCAUGCUAGAGCGAUGAAAACGCCUUAGAUGUGUUCAGCUCGACGAUACGGAUCGACUGAUAUGCAACAUGACCCUUUCCGGUCAGGUCAUGACCUUGACCUGAGGUCAAAUUUUCAAGUUGACCUUUCAAGGUCAAGUUAUAUUUCAUUCGAUGCGUCUUGACGAGAGGAACACGAUGCCGGUAAAAGUAAGCUCGUACAAGGCUUGGGUCAAAAGUUAUUGCAGGAAAACUGUUUCCGAAAAAAUCGGCUAUUUUUGCAGUUUUUGCCCCCUGCAGGCAAAACCGUUGACGUUAGGUCAAACCUGAGAGAAUUACUCAGAAAGGGCUUUAAUAGGGCUAUCGAAUGCGCCAGUGGCGGCGCCACGAGUUUUCGCCAGUGGGGGCAAGCUUGACGUGACCCGACUGUUGUCUGAUACGCCGAUCUGCAAAAUCCAUGAGCACCUUGCCCCUAGAUGUUGCCAUUCAAAAUUAUUAUGGUUUCAGGUUUCAUGCAUACGUAUUGAGCUUAACCGUUAACCUUCGCAGGCCCAGAAGGGGGGGGGGCGUUUUUCGUCUCCCCCUGGCGAAUAUUUGGAAUGCCUCAUGAACGCUUAGGGAUAGAAAGACGAAACUUGCUGUACCUUAUUCCCCAUUAAUUUGAGACAUCUUUUGAAGCAAAAAAAGAAAAAAUUGGACCUAGCGUUCUUGAUAACGUCUCAGGGCCGAUAUUCCUAUAAGACUCCUGCACAUCAAACUUUGGCGUCACCAUAGUGUGUCAAAAGUGGAAAUAGCCGGUGCGCCGUCUGGCAACCCGGCAGCCCGCCGCCAUAGGGAAAUUCAUGCUUUUUGUCGCUUUUUCGCUCCUUAUGAGUCACUUGAUCUAAUUAGAGCUUAACUAGGAACGAGGCGGGUCACUUGGACGUAUUCGGGAGCCGAAUACGGUGUUUUGGAGCCAAUACCUGGAUAACCCUACCCGCCCAAUGCGAGUUUUUAAGAGUCUGCAUGCCCAAAUUAACGUUGAGCGCGGCCGUUUUCGGUCGGUUUUCCGCGACGUUGUGGCGAAAUCGCCUUAUUUAUUCAACCAGGGUGGGCUAAUUCGCUUAACUAGGAAUGAGGCGUUGAAGAGAAUUAUUCGAGGAAUUGAGCUGUGUAAAAAUAUUUUUUGAAUUGUUAAAACUGUAUCCGCCCUCGAACGAUAAAUAUUGUUGACCCAUCAGGAACACAUCCCCUGGAAUGCGUUUGGACUUGGCUGGAACUAAUAUUAGCGAGUAUCUGCUAAUGCAGUUUCUUGGCUUACACAGUACGCAUACAAGCACACAUACUUCCUGCCCUCGGUUAUCCCUCACUUGAAUGAAAAUUUUGCUAUAAUAACUAUUCCAAGCAGUUAACAGGUUUUAGUGCAGUGCCAAGUCGGAACCGUUCAGCGCCGCCAGUCUCCCAGGCGGCGCGUAACGGCCACCGCCGGCCGCCGCGCCGCCGCUCUGGCGGGGUGUUUGACUUCAUAUCUCUGUUGCUAGAAAAGUUGUGGACCGAUUUACUUGAUUCUUGCAUGAAAAGAUCCGCCAUUUAAUUCUUAGCAGAUAACGAAAAUUUGACGUCAAUUGCACAAUCCGCUGCCCAUAUUGUGGUACUGCCAUCUAUUGACAAGGCUGCCGAACUAAGGCCGGGCGGCUAUUUCCACUUUUGACACACCAUGCAGACGUGAACUUCAACCAGGCACCAGCUGCCAAAAUUAGAGCUUUAGAGAUAAAUUACGAGCACGGUUGUGUAGCAUUUGACCGAGCAAAAAUACUUAAUUAACUUUGGUGACCUGAGGUCAGAAGUCAGGUCAACGACCCCUAGCUGGGGCUUUAGUUUUUUUUUUCGCAAAUAACAUAAACAAAAAUGGUCCUAGAGCUACGGCAGCGGUACCUUCGCAUUUGUCUCGUCGAGACGCGUCGAACGACACAUAUAUUGUUUGGAAAAGGUCUCAAGUUUAUGUUGACCUCAUGUGACCUCGAAUGACCUUUGGUUGACUGUGACACAUGAAAGGGCGUUAAUGAUGAUUUCGUAGCCGCUGAUCGCGAUUCUGGCAUCCAUUCUGCUCUUAGCAUUCAUCCAGAGCCUCAGGAUGGCAAAACAUGUCUUAACCCGCGCCCCGUAGGGGGCCCGAAACGGCCCCCUGUCCUUUUCCAUCGAUAUCUCCUAAACGGCUAGAGAUAUCGCCAUCAAACUUUCAGGACCCCUUCGGGCAUCAAUUUUACACAUUGUGACCAAAAAUUUUCCAGAGGCUAUGAUAGGUUGGCCACAAAUGACGUCAGAAUGACGUCAUGUUCUGCCAUUUUCGACCGAAAAAAAGACCUUCGCGAGAAGAGCUGUCAGGCCUACAGCUUUGAAGAUACAGAAAAAUGAUCAAGACAUAAAAGGUGUAGAAUUGACAGGGCUACAAAAUUGCUAUCUCGGAUUUGUAAAAUUUUUUAAAGUUUGACCACAAAAAAUCAAAAAAGCCAUUUUUUAUAUAUUUGCCAAAAAUCCAAAGUUUUUUUGAGGUUCGAAAAAGCCGGAAUACAUGUGAUAGAACAUAACGUCUUCUAUCUAGAUACCAAAUUUCAGAUCAAUAUCUUGUUUUUUGGCCAAGUUAUAGCGAAAAAACGUUCAAAAAUGAUGACGUCAAAUUUUAAAACAAUUUUUUUUUUUGCAAUUCUAGACCACGUAGAGCAAAACAAAGACCACCAUUAGACCCCCCGUGACGAGCUGCAUCGAAUCGAUACCCAUUUUAUGCAAAACUAUCAAUUUUGAAAUUUGACCUAAUUUGACCUGACCUUGACAUGACCUUCACCAAAACGUGACCUAAGCUGGCCCCAAAGGCUGCCUGACCCUAUCACGACUCUCUCAUAUUGUGACCCCCAGGUGACCCCCAGUGACCUGACCUCUGUGACCUGACCUGGUAUCAGUGACCUCAGAUAGCUAAGUAUGUGUUUGACGAACAAUGUACUAUCGAUGGUUUUUAAUAACUUACCAAUUUACUCGAUUUCACAACACAUUUCUUGAAAUGCCUGUGAACGGUGAAAAUCCGACCUUUGAACUGACCUGUGACGUCAUCGAUUUGACCUAGGUCAAUGAAAUUUAGUCACAAGGUAGUUCCCCGGUGGGGCUAUCGAACGCCGUUUGAAUUUUGAAAAUCGGCCGGUAAAUUUCCGAGAUCUUAGGAGGGGUAGGGUCCGCCGAUAGCCCUACGGGGCGCGGGUUAAUUAUUAUGCCUGACUGGAAUAAGUGAAAUAGUCUCUAGCAAGGAUACUCUCUUGUGACUUUGACCUUGUAGCAGCCUUGUAUCGUAAGAUAAAGCACAAAUAAGGGCCCGCUAGGCGCUAAGCUUCAAAACAUUUCAAAACAUCUCGGAAUUUAGUAUACAAGAUAGACGAAAACUGAAAAAGUGCAGUUUGUGGUCAAUUUUGAUCAUCACCGUGACCUUGAAUUUGAAUGUUAUGCACAUCAUCGGAAUCCCCAGACUCUCUUCUUUCGUUUAACAUCCAUUUUAGCCGGUUUUAUGCACCAUGCCGUCCUCUGAAACACGUACUUUGAGACCACUACAAAAGUGCCGGUUUUUGCUUUUGACCUUGACUUUUGACAGGCGUACUAUUAUAACCGCCUAUCAUGAAUGUUGCACCGGUCUUCUGUUCCAAUUUCAACAUCAGCCAAAUUUUGUGGGGGCAAAAACAUAGUCUUGCCCCCACGGCCUCCUGCCAGUGGGGGCAGUCUGCCCCCACUGCCCCCACGGUGGCGCCGCCCUUGGAAUGCGCUUUUCCGCGGCGCUGUAGCUCUAUUGGUUCCCGAGUUAUGCGUUGGCUUCUUGGAAAUUUUCGACAUUCGACCCGGAAAUCGGCGAAAUUUUGCCUUCAAUGACCUCUGGUGACCUGACCUUUGACCUGACCAAAAAAUUGACCGAAGUAAUUUCCUCAUUAUUUUUGACGCUCUUUCGAACGCCGCCUUCCGCGUAUCGCUACGUGGCCCAGGAGCCGAGUUAGAAGGGGGGGUGUUCAAACACCCCCCCCCCAGCAGGGCGUGGAAAUCCAGGACCCCCAGCCGGGCGCGGGUUAACUGGUAUAUUAUAUGUCAUUUUGGAUCAAGAUGUUUUUGUCAUAAUGCUAGGAUUUUCAUAGCAGGCGAGUGCGGUAUGCCGCUUGAUACUUUGACGCUCGGGAUCUCGAGGCAGUCUUGUGUUCUCUCCUUAGGUUAGACCCUCGGUCUCAGGUCUGAGACCAUCCCAUAACAGGAAGGAAGAAGGGAUGUAGGGGAGACGUCUUUAUAUCUGUGGGGGAGACAAAUUCCCUUGUUCUUCUAUUCGGGGAAAAACAUCAAUACAGAAUCUGUGCUGGCAUGUCGCAUGAGAGACCACGGGGCAAGCCCCGAGGUCGGCUGGAUAAAUAAAUUAUUUGACGUCAACCAUAAAA